AUGGCUAAGAAAGGCUCGGGCGUAGCCUCAAGCGUGCUAUACAUCGGUCAGAUACCAUACGACUGGGACGAGUCUGUAGUCAAGUCCGUGGUGUGUGGGUCGGGAAAAGUGGUGGAGGUAAGACUUGGUUUCGAUUACGUGGGCAAGAACAAAGGGUUCUGUUUCGUGGAGUACCAGACCAAACAAGACGCCUACAGGGCCAUCCAGUUAUUGAACCAGGUCAAGUUGGUGAAUGGUGGCCAGGUCAAGAAGUUGCGGAUUGAAUCGUCCAAGGAAGGUUUCUUGAAGCUGAGUGCUCCGCUGGAACAGAAACCGGUGUUACAAUUGGAUCGCAGUAAAUUGCCCAACUACGUGGUGUUGCCACCAGAGAUGAACGGUGGCGUGGGCGGCACUCCUCCCGUGGGGUUUGGUCAGAUGGGAUACCAAAUGAACCAGCCCUCGAUGAGCCACGCCCCUGCUCCAGCAGCGCCAGCCAUCACUCCGUUGGUUCCCUUGAAGUUUCCUCCCGCGCCUCCCCAACUUCCAUUUGCUGUUCCCGAUAAAAUCAACGAAACUCUCAGCAAGAUCCCCCCAGCCCAGCUCAUCGAAUUCAUCUCUACCCUCAAAAAUAUCGUGUCUGGUCCCGAAGCCGCCAGGGCGUUUGAGGUUUUCCAGCUCUCGCCACACUUGGCGUCGACUGCCGCCCAGGCAUUGUUGCUCAUGGGGUUUGUUGACGAGGACGUCAUCAGCGAUGCCAUGAAGACCGCGGCUGCUCCGUCCCCCGCCCCGGCACCCGUUCCUCAGCAGCCGUUCCAGCCAGCAUACGGCCAGACGUUCGCACAGGCAACCCUGAAAUGGCCCCACUUGCCACCCAGAACUCAGGCAAAGCUUACAGCCAUGCCUGCGGACCAGGCAGAGUUGAUCGCCCAGGUGUUAUCAUUGCCUGCGGAUCAAAUCAGCUCGUUACCAUCCGAUAAGCAACGAAUGGUGACGGACUUGCGGGCGCAAUAUUUGUGA